CUCCUCGUCGUAUCACCAUAUACCUCAACCCCACAUCUUCUCGACCUUGACAGAUACGACACCUCGAGCCAACUCUUCGCAAAAGCCUUGACAAUAUUCCAGCCCACUCGAGACGACUAUGCCACAGCAGGGUACACAGAGUCAUUCAACUUCCAGGAGGUCAUCGAGGCUCUAAGAUCACUGGCAAAAGCCGAAGGAUACAGAUGGACUGCUACAGACUUUUACGUCGUCAGCUUUCGAUCACAGCUCACACCUGAUGCUGACCCGGAGCAAUUGUUUGAACUAGAUGCUUCCUCGCAUCAGGAAGCCAUGGCCAGUGGAGGACUGUUGAAAUAUUGGUAUGGAGUAAAAGACCAAAAUCGGCGGAACCUGGCGACUUGCUUUUGGGAGAGCAGACAGCAUGCAAGAGAUGGUGGUCGGGGACCAUGGCAUGCAAAAGCACGAGCUGCAGCGGGGGUGUGGUAUGAGAGUAUCGUGUUCAAGACGUAUGUUUUGACAAUUGCAGAUGAUGUUGAAGAUUGGGAAAUUAGAGACUUC